CUUGGAUUGCCUGUGCCUCCCAACACAUAAAUGCUUCUCUUCUCUUCAGAUCGUUCCAGGUGAUAUUUCCUGCCCACAUAACAUCAGAGUCUGAAGCCAAACUCUGUGCCACUGUACUGAGUCCCAACGAGACUCUGCUCAUGUCAGUCUAUCUGACAGAUGGAGAGGAGAAGACGCUUUUGCACCAGGAGACAUCUGACAAGGAAUUUCACCGCUGUUUCACUAUUCAGACCCCGUCGGUAAACAAGGACUCUGUGCUGACCAUGACGGUAGAGGUGAAAGGUCAGACUAGUCUCUGGACGCAACAGAGACUUGUUAAAGUCCGCCAGAGACCUGCUCCCGUCACUUUCAUCCAGACGGACAAGCCCAUCUAUAGCCCCGGCCAGACACUGAUUAAACAUGAUACAAUUUCAACCAUUGAACACAACAACAACAACAACAACAACAACAACAACAACAACAACAACAACAACAACAACCACAACAACAACAAACCAGACCAAGAAACAGAGAUUGCCUUUGUGCUGGAUGGCUCUGGUAGUAUUGAACCCAGCGACUUUGAUCUGGCUAAAACUUUCAUCAGUGAUUUUGUAACUUACGUUUGGUCAAAGUCUUUGAGUUUCAAGUUUGCUGUUGUACAAUAUGGAAAGGAUGUCAGAACUGAAUUAUCAUUGCCGGAGAAGGACAACACAGACAAUGUCUUAAAAACCAUUAAAAACAUACAACAGAUAGGGAGAACCACCGCCACAGCCUCAGCCAUCAACCAUGUAUUGGAACAUGUUUUCACCCCAGCAAAUGGAUCAGAUCAGAACGCCAAAAAAUACAUAGUUUUGAUAACUGACGGACGUAUAUUUCUGGACUCGUUGACUCUGGCAGAGGUUUUGCAAAACCCCAAAAUCACAAACAUCACCCGCUUUGCCAUUGGGGUGGGGGAAGAUGUUCUGAAUGAUACUAUUGCAGUUAAAGAGCUGAAGGAGAUUGCCUCAGACCCAGACGAGAAACACUUUUUUGAAGUCAAUAGUUAUAAGUCUUUGGGCAGCACUCUACAGUCAUUGCUGUCUGCUAUCUUCGGCCUUGAGGUUGAGAUACCGGAGAUGACGAACGAUCAAGGAACAGAGACUGCCACGAGUCAGUUGGAUACUACAGCCUUACCACCCACCGCCACAGAUGAAAAAAGGUGAAGAAGAGGAGAAGGUGAGGUGGUUCCAGGGCCUUGGCUUUCACCGUCACAGCUGACCUGAUUCUCAGUCAUGACUGCCACAUAAAAAGUUUGAUUUGUCAAACAUGAAAAGAUUGUUUAUUAUUAGCUAUCACAACAGUUACAAGGGUGCUGACACGUAUAAUUAUGACUUGUGAUUAAUUUCCUGGAACAAACAAUACUGUGAGAAAAGCUAACCCCACUUGGCACUUGUAUACCUGCUCUGUAUAUUUCCCAAAUUCUUUGUAUCUGCAAGUGCUGUAUGUAUGCUAUGAUUUCAUCCUCGAUUGUGAGUCGCUUUGUAUAAAAGUGUCUUCCAAAUGUAAUGUGAACAUUGAUAUAUAUUUAGCUAUCAGGAGCCAUUUGAAAUUGUUUGCUGUUGUAGGAGUGUUGCCUCACCCAGCCUUGAACCCAGUUGUGAUGAUGUGACCAUCACUAGGGUUGUGGGUGUGCUCUGAAUUUGGUAGCCCAGAAGGUCCGGGUUUGAGUACUGAUAGGGCAACCAUUACUAUAAAUGGUGUCAGAAGUGGGAUUGAGGCCAUGAGCCUAUUGAGGCUAGCCCAUUGUGUGUGUGUCUUGUGGUCACCCUAGUGCAGGGGUCAGGAACCUAUGGCUCUAGAGCCACAUGUGGCUCUUUUGGGAACAGUAUACGGCUCUUACUCACGUAGAGUUUACAACCGUCCCUUGAAAUACGGAAUAGUCCUUUAUUUAUAAAUAAAAGUACGGGUUCCAUAUUGAGUUGAAACCAGACAC